AGGAGGAGACGCAGCGGGGCUCAGGGGCGCGACGGCGGCAUCACUUUCCAAAGUUGGUCUCGGUUAUUUCCUGGAGUCGAACCCGCAACCUGCCGGGUUUGUUUACGUUGUGCGGCUCGGCCGUGUGUAUGCGCUGUGUCCGUCACUUCCGACCCGCCGCGCUCCAGCUCUCCGGCUGGUGUUCACCGACUCGGCUGCGCGACUAGAAUGUUCCCGAGCCAGGUCGGGUCACUCUCCGGGACCGGCUCCGCUUCGGGCAGGGGGACCACAGGGCACGGCGCGGGGGUCCGGCCCGUGUUGGUGAGGGCAGGGCAGGCUUCACAGGGGGCCGGCGAGUGCGCUGCCGGGCGACCAGGGGAGAGAGACGCCAUCGGGAUGCUGGGGGCGAACGGUCCCGGGGGUCCGAGAGGCGUGCGGCCGGGGAACGGGACCGGCGGGACCACCCUGCAGAGCGCCGUGCUGGGCGGCAUGGUGGGGCUGAACCCGGGGGUCGUGAUGCCGCACGGAGCCCGGUUCGACCCGGACAGAGAGGGCGCUCCGCUGUGCAGCGGCUCGGAGAACGACUCGGACUCCGCGGAGGACGACGACCCCGCGGGGUCACUCGGGGACAGCCGGAGAGGGGUGAAGCGGGAGCGAGGGGAGAUGGAGGCGGCGGGGACGGGACAGGAGGUGGGGGUCGCCCCCGGAGGUUACGGCAUGGUGCCCGGCGGGGUCGCGGGGGCGAAGCCGGGGAAGAAGACACGUGGGCGCGUCAAGAUCAAGAUGGAAUUUAUUGACAACAAGUUGAGACGCUACACGACUUUCAGCAAGAGGAAGACUGGGAUCAUGAAGAAGGCCUAUGAGCUCUCCACCCUGACGGGAACCCAGGUUCUGCUGCUCGUGGCCAGUGAAACGGGUCACGUUUACACUUUUGCCACUCGCAAGCUCCAGCCAAUGAUCACCAGUGAAACGGGCAAAGCCCUGAUCCAAACAUGCCUCAACUCGCCGGACUCGCCGCCACGAAAUGACCCGUCCACGGACCAGCGCAUGAGUGCCACGGGCUUCGAGGAGACGGACCUCACUUAUCAGGUGUCGGAGUCGGAGAGCAUGGGGGACACAAAGGAUUCACUGAAGCCGACGUUCACGGUGGCCAGCCUUCCAGGCAGCACCCAGUCCACAGUACCCACCACCUCCACCACCAUGCAGGUGAGCAGCGGAACUUCGUUUCCCCUCACCAACUACUUGCCCGUCUCGGGCGGCGGCAACAUCAGCGCCAACGGCACCGUCCUCAAGGCCGCCGGUGGCUCCACAGGGGUCAUGCAGCUGCCCGGUGGCUUCACCUUCAUGCCUGCAGGCACACCUCUCCCCCCUGGCACCCCCACCAUUCCUCUGAGCCAGCUGCAGCAGCACUCCCUGGCCCUCCAGGGGCAGCAUGGUCAGACCCUGGUCUCCACUCAGCAGUCGCAGCAGGGACAGCAGGCUGUCUUCCGCUUCCCUGCUGCUGUCUCCCUCACAGGAGCAGGCGUUCCCCAGCAGCUUCAGGCUAUCCAGGUCCACCAAAACAGCUCUGAACACAACCAAGAGAUCUCCCACAGCUCCACAAACUCCACCGCAACGGUGAGUCUCCCAGCAACCAUCGUCACCUCAUCAAUCCCAACGUCGGUGGCGGGUCACAUGAUGUACCCCAGCCCGCACACUGUAAUGUACACCUCCAGCCAGGGGUUGACCGACGGGGGGCUGGCCGUGCUCAACGCCUUCUCCCAGGGCACCUCAGCCAUGCAGGUGUCCCACGCACAGGGUCAAGAUGGAGGUGUCCCUCAGGUGUUCCUCACGGCACCUCCCGGCACGGUACAGAUCCCUGUCUCUGCGGUGCAGCUUCACCCAAUGGUGAUUGGUCAGCAGUCGAGCGGCAGCAGCAGUAACCUGACGGAGCUGCAGGUGGUGAACCUGGACGCGGCACAGAACUCCAAGAGCGACUGACAGACGGCUGGAGCUGUUUAACACAGCAACACAGACAGACAUCUCUAUUUAUUGAUGCCUUCCUACAGAGUUUCCCAUCACACUUCUGAAUGUGACUUUUUCAGUAUAUAUUAUACACAUACACACACACACACACACAAUCAAUCAAGGGCAUAUGUGUGGCUGACCCUUAUACAGUAUUCAGUAUGUUUUGGUAUAUAAAUAUAUAUAUAUUCGCAGAUGCAUAGGAGAAGUAUCACUACACCCAUCAUUGGAACCUGUUUUUAUGCCGUUAGAUGGUGUCUUCUUUAUUUUUUCGUGUGUGCGUGUGGUUUUUGAAAGUGUAAUUGUGUGUACACACACAGCGAGGUGCCACAGCUUCACACCAGCCAAAGAGACAUUUGUUUGUCUGAAUGUUCCAGUGUGAGCAAUUUGUGCACAAGUGUGUGUGUGUGUCUGUGUGCACGUGCAUAUCUGCAGUUUGUAAAUGGGGCGGGAGACGCUUGUUGACUUAGGAAAAAAAAAAAUGAAAAAAACAUUUUUUGAAAUGUACAUAUUUUUUUUUUUAUUGAUGAUUUGUAUUUUUAGCCUGAUUUAGUUUGUGCAACAGCAUGUAGUUGUUUUUUACGUAGUGGUUUUUGUAUGUACAAGAAAAUGAUUUGCAUAAUGAAAAUGAAUUAUUUACAUGUAUAUGUAAAUUAAUUUAAUAUACAUUUAUAUCUUGCUGUUGGGAGUUUUCACUUCGAGAUGGACAAAGAACGCUGGAUGUUUGUUUAACAGUUGUUGAUUCUCACAAUAUCAUCAAGUACCUGGGUCACAAAAUGUAAAUCAUGACAUUAUCUAGAUGUCAGUAGAGUGUUCACCUCCCCCCCCCGACCUCCUCAAAUUCAAUCAAGCUGCAAAAAUUUCACACGCUCAUAGAAAUCAGUCUCCUAAAUGGGCCCCAUUCUUUUUGACUUAGAUCCAUUCAUUAUUCUCUGGGAAAACUGAAAAGUCAAAUGCUUUUUUUCACAAUGUUGAAGGUGAUACAAAAAAUUCCUUGAUCCGCCCUCCUGAUCCAGAUCUGCACCUAAAUGUACAGAUUCUUCCCUCACAAACACUGCAGCCUUCCUCCAAGUUUUGUGGCAAUCUGUUGAGUUGUGUUUGUGAAAUCAUCAAUUUCCCUUAUCUCUGUGGCGGAGCUAGUGAUUUGCUGUAAACAUGUUUCAGUGCAGCCUCCGAAUGCGUGAUCGUGUAGUGUGAGUUUUACAUGAGGUUUCUAAUGAAGCCCUGAUGUGGCUCUUAAGAUAUACAGAUAGUUCCAACCACGACAAUCUGAUGGAAAUGAUUUUCAUUUCUCAGUUCUCACCUUAAACCCUUGUAUCUAUAAUUUCACCAGUGUUCACACAGAAAUAUCCUGAUGUGAAUUUUUCAAAAUCCAUUUUAAACACGUGAGCGAAGCGAGUGUAAACCUGUAGAUCGGAUUAGCCUUCAUCAAUCUGUAGAACUUGCACUAUACGAUGCUACUUCUCAUUUGAGUCAGGACAUCGGACACUGUUGCAUAAGACGCUGUGUGUGUGUGCGUAGAUUUAAAGAUGUCACUUGAAUACUGCAUUGAAAGCAUCAGUGUUUCCAUGUGUGGAAAUGCUGUUAGUAAGUCCAGUCGCUGUAAUAUUACAGCAGUAAUGAGUGACUGUCUCUCAUUUGAGUACAAGGGGAUCUCUUCAUUUGGUCUUUAUUAUUUACGUUCUAAUCCUUUAACUAUAAGACCCUGUCUGACUGCAUCUCAGUGUGAACCUCAGCGAUCAUAGAGAAUGAGAGUCAUCAGACUGAGCCUUCCCUCUGCACCGUUGUGCCUCUUUUCUGUGGCUGAUUGCUGUAUCACUGCAAGGCGAGUGAAAUGUAGGAUUUACUCGUUUUUUUUUGUUAAUGUUCCAGAACUCCUCACGUGACUUUGGACCUGUCAUGCGAUCCUCAGCUGCGGCCGCAGUGAGAUUAUUUUAACUCAUUUCUAGAGAAUUAGCUGGAUGAGCGAGCACGGCAGGGCUGGAAGCCAGAGAGUCGGACGGAGGAGGAAGUAGCUGCGCUGACAGAGAGACGCAGAGGUCAUUUUCACGUUUCAUGUCCUCUGCGCUGUCCCUGAACACGUUCUCAUGUCAUCCUGCUGUGCUGCUUGAACAGGAAAUCACACGCUGAGCACAGCUACUUCUCCCUCACUUUAAUCUGCAGGUUAUUAGAAUCCAUGGAUUUAAAAAGAAAGAUUAUUAAUCAGGAUUUGUGGUUUUCACUUUGUCAUUGAGAGAAAUGGAUAUUUUUGUGUAUUUUCUGUUUUUGUUGUACAGACAUUUUUUUAAUAAAAACACGAUGAACUGCUCAAAGAACGA